UCUCCUGCCCAAUUUCUUCUGUGGCAGGGUGUGAACAUACUAAGCUAGUGCAAGCUUUCCCUUCCAACUUUCUCUUCUCUCCUUUCAACCAAGGAGAUUGUGAAACCAUGACUCAUCACAACACUCCUAUGAUUUUUGCCGUUGGGAUUCUAGGUAACAUUGCCUCCUUCUUUUGCUUUCUAGCACCUGUGCCGAUAUUCUAUCGAGUUUGUAAGAAGAAAACAACUGAAGGGUUCCAAUCGGUUCCAUAUGUGGCUGCACUCUUCAGCGCAAUGCUUUGGAUCUUCUACGCUUACAUAAAGACGGGUGAAAUGCUCAUCAUCACCAUCAAUUCAUUCGGUUGCAUGAUAGAAACAAUUUACUUGGCCAUCUAUCUCACUUACUGCCCCAAGAAAGCAAGGAGCUUCACAUUGAAGAUGAUUUUCUUGUGCAACUUGUUGGGGAUUUGUUUGGUUGUUGUUCUAACCCACGUUCUAGCAAAAGAACGAACAGCCCGUGUGGAGCUUCUUGGAUGGAUUUGUGUUGUUCUUUCUACUGCUGUUUUUGCAGCACCUCUAAGCAUCAUUAAAGUGGUUAUUCGCACAAAGAGUGUGGAGUUCAUGCCUUUCACUCUUUCACUCCUCCUCACCAUAAGUGCAGUCAUGUGGCUGUCGUACGGUAUUCUCCUCAAAGAUAUCUUUGUUACACUUCCGAACAUAGUGGGAAUCACGUUUGGAUCGAUUCAGAUGGUGCUGUAUGGAAUAUACAGAAAAAACACACCUGUAAAAGAUCAAAAGCUGCCAGAACACAAAGGAAACAUCAUCAAUGGUGAAAACAUGACCAAUACAACUUUGAGUGAUGAAAAUCAAAAGGAAUUUGUUGAGAUAGAGAUUGGAGAGAAGAAGGAGAAGGAAGAGAAGCCUGUUCAUGGAACUGAAGAGAAGAAACAAGACCAAACCGAGAACAACAUCGGCAACAAAACAAGGGAAGGCAAUAAUCAACUACAACAAAAUUAAAGGAGGGUUGAGAAGUUCUAUGAAGGGAUACUUGUGCACGUGUUUUGUUCCACUAUCUUUCUAUCUCUUCUGUCUAUCUAUGCCACCACGUGUUGAUCAAAUUAAUGUAAAAUCAUGAAGCCUAUGUAUGGCAACAGAGAUGAAAUAAUAUAGAUACUCACAUAUAUGUAUAUGCGUCUCUUUGCAUAUAGUUAAUUUCUAUUUUGGUA